UAAAUCGUCAGUCAAAGUUCUUGUGCAACCCGUGUCACAGGUCACUCUGUUGCCAGUCGUUUUAUAAGAAGGUCGUUGAAUAUUAAUCAUGAAGUUCUUCAUAGUUGCGGUAAUCAGCGCGAUGGUCCUGGCAGCUAAUGCUAGGUUCGUAUCAUUGGAUGAGGCGCUAUUUGCUGACCUUGAUAGAUCAGUCGACGAAAUCAAAUCUAUAAGAGAGGCCAAAGAAGUUCUGUACAUACCAACGACUAUAAAGGACUGCACCAACCCUGGAUGUGACUACAUUUGUAAGUUGUUGGGCUUCAAACACGGUACCUGUGUCUCUUCAACAACUUGCCGAUGCUACAGUUAGAUGUACAACAUCAGAUCUGUGUUCUUUUUAGUAAGGAUUUUUUAUACGACAUUUAUUUCAUAAGGGACUCGGUUUUUAAAGAGUAUCUUCGUAUGCCAGAGAUAAACAACCUAUUCUUUUUGCCUUUAUUAAAUUUUAAAACUUCCUCUUAGUAUGAUAUGUAUUCUAUAAGUAGUUUUGAAAUAAACUGUAUUCUUUAUA